AUUUUCUCAUUUAUUUGUUUCUCAUAUUUUCUAAAAUAUUUUCAUCAUGAUGCUUCACCUCGUUCUUGUGCUGAUUAUGCAUCAUAAUAUCAUCCUACCUACUGAUGGUGCGGGGCCUACAUGUAACAAAUGUAUAACCAAACUAAAUGGAAUAUUGGGCACUUUAAAAUCUGACUGUACUAGUGAAAUAGCAGCAAUGAAAACAGAAAUGGCUAAAUUGGUUUUGGAGAUGGCUAAAUUGGUUACAAAUAUGAAUAUAAUUGGUGGAAAGUUGGACACAUCAACAACAGAAGUAAAUGAAAAUAAGAAAAAGUUGGAAACUCAGAAAGUGGAAUUGACCUCAGCUAUAAAUGAUAAUGGGGAAAAGAUGGGAACACUAAAGGCUGAAUUAACUUCUGCAAUACAACAAAAUAAAGAACAGUUAAAUGCCAUGAAGGGACAAGUAAUGGAAGCAAAAAGUUGCGCAUGUGAGAACAAACAAAGAAGAAGUUUGAUAUACUAUGCAGGCUGGUCAAGAGAUGAUGGGUACAUGUUUACUUUUGCACAAGCAAAGGCAUAUUGUGAGAGCCAAGGUCAUAGGCUGGCCACACCUGGCCAGAUGGAUGCGGCAUUUGAGCUUGGGUACUCUGAAUGUGCCUGGGGAUGGCUAUCAGAUGGCAGUACCAGAUAUCCCAUGCAAAUGCCUGGGGCUAGUGGAGGUUGUGGUCCACGACGUCAUGUCAACAUCCGACUCAAUCGUAACCCAGAUGCAUUAGCAGGUGUUUACUGCUCUAGAGGGUGAUUCCAAAUUCAAAAAAUGUUUAUUUUGAUGUAAAUAUAUUAUCAUGAACAAAUAACUGGCGAGUGAGAGGGGUGUACCAUAAAACACUCUGACACGGUAAUAAUAGUUCAUGUAGCGAAACAAAUGUAUGUCUCACACUAAUUUCAAAUAAUAUAAAAUGGAGAAAACUACAAAAACAAUUUAUAAAAAUGUUAAAUUUUGAUAUAAAAGAGUAAAUC